AUGGCUACCACCAGUGUCCUUACUUUUGAUGCUGAGGGCCGUGCCGUUGACUUUGAGGUCUGGGUCGAUGACCUCCAGCUGUUUCUCCAGUGCGAUAGGGCAGACACACUCUCUCUGUUCGAUCUCACCUCUGGUGCCUCUCCUGCCCCGCCUGCUACUGCUGACAGCACUGUUCGCUCACAGUGGGCCACACGCGAUGCUGCUGCUCGCCUUGCUGUGCGUCGCCACUUACCAACCACUGAGCGUGCACACUUUAGCCAGUACAAGAGUGCUAAGACCUUGUACAACGCUGUAGUUGCACGCUACUCCUCCCCUGCCACUGCUGGACUGAGCCGCCUCAUGCUGCCGUACCUCUUCCCUAACCUUGCUGCCUUCCCCACAGUCGCUGACCUCAUUACGGGUGUUCCCCCUCCCCCCUCUUGCCCUCUGUUGCCUCUACUGCUGCGGCCGACCUCGUUGGUUUCGAGUCGGUCGGCGCUGCGUCUGCCCCGAGCGGGAGACGCCGCACCGGAAAGGGCAAGGGGGGCAAGGGCGCUGGAGGGGCCGGCGGGGGCGGUGGAGGUGGUGGUGGAGGAAGUGGAGGGGGUGGGGGUGGUGGUGGGAGUGGUGGCGGGGGUGGAGGUGUCGGAGGCGGCAGUGGAGGCGGAGGAGGCGGCGGCGGUGGCGGAGGGAGCGGAGGCGGCGGAGGUGGUGGAGGCGGCGGGGGCGGCGGAGGUGGCGGAGGCGGCGGCGGCAGCAGUGGACCUGGUUGCAGCUCUGCGUAGAGGAGUGGGUCCGGUGGUGCGCGGUGGGGGUACGGGUCCCUGCACCUAUGUUCUCCGCACCGGCGACCGCGCUGGUGAGCAGUGCGGGGGCCCGCACUCCACCCAGCGCUGCUUCGGCCGCCUGACGGACGCGUGGCGUCACCAGUUCCCUAAGGCCUCUGAGAUCCCUCGCUGGGGAGAGCUGUCUAGGGCGGGGGUUGCAAUCUUUGAUCUUGAUUUUGAUGCUAUUCUUGCUGCCAUGUAUGCUGUUGCUGAUAGUGUUGAGGGUGACUGUUACCUGUGUGUUCCGCCUGACCCGGGCAUUGAGCCUGCUGCUCUAGGUGCUGGUGAGGCUGCUGCUCUAGGUGCUAGCGCGUCUGCUGCACCAGGUGCUGGUGAGUCUGCCCUCUCAGGUACCACGUCGGCUCAGGCCUUACACACCUUCACCCUUGACUUGGGUGCUUCCCGCUCCUUCUUUUGA